AAAGAGCGCUUGUUGGUAGUACUCCCGAUCUUAAGGGCCGUCUGCAAAAAAAUGGCUCUUAUUUACCUGUUGUAGCCAUUACUGGUUUUCAUGCAAAUAAAGAAAUAGCCAGUUUUGAAUCAAAUGUCAAAGAUUUAUCCCAAAAGAAAGAAUUUUCUGAAUAUGCAUCAUUAUAUAAAGGUAGAUGUCCUGAAAAUGUCGUCAGGCGUAUAUUGGCAAUCAGAUGUCUAUUAUGUGAAAAUGAAUCAUGUUGGUCAACCGUUAAAGGCAAAAGGCGUAGAUAUGUUUUACAUUGGGGCACAUAUAUGGACAUAGAUACCAAACAAUUGGAAGUUUUACAGAAUUGCCCAUGGGCAAGAAUUGGUCGCGUGGUUAAACAUGUUAGAAUGGCUUUGGGAAAUGAAAACGCAAUUAGAAAUAAAAAGAGCAAGAAGAAUGAUGAUGAAGGCACGCCAAGAUCUUCCAGAUCUUCCAGAUCUUCUUGA